AUGGAAUGCAACAAAGAUGAGGCCACUAGGGCCAAAGAGAUUGCUGAGAAGAAGUUCUUGGGGAAGGACCUUGCGGGGGCAAAGAAAUUUGCUUUGAAGGCCCAGAACUUGUAUCCUGGACUUGAAGGCAUUCCUCAGAUGAUAGCUACACUUGAUGUGUAUGUUGCUGCUGAGAACAAAAUAAAUGGGGAAGCAGAUUGGUAUGGGAUACUUGGUGCAGAUCCACAAGCAGAUGAUGAGGCGGUGCGGAAACAUUAUAGGAAACUGGCUCUUAUGCUUCACCCUGAUAAAAACAAGUCUGUCGGAGCAGAUGGUGCAUUUAAGUGUAUUUCCGAGGCAUGGAGUUUAUUGUCUGAUAAAACCAAGAGGAUGGCAUACAACCAGAGAAGAAAUGGCAAAGUAUUUCAAAAGGGUACAACUGCUGCUGGUAGUUCAUCAGCAAAACCAGGGUCCAAUGGCUUUUACAAUUUCACUAAAUCGAGUGUGAAGACGCACAAAAGUACUCCUCGAACUGGCCAUUCUUCAACUCCUGCUUCAUCUUAUAAGACAAAACCCAAUACCUUUUGGACUGUCUGUCAUGGAUGCAAGAUGCAAUACGAGUAUCUCAGAGUCUAUCUCAAUCAUAAGCUUCUAUGUCCUAAUUGCCACGAGCCAUUUUUAGCCAUUGAAAUGCCACCCCCACUUUCACAUGCUUCUAGGUCAGCCGCCCCGUGGAGUUCUUUUCAGCAGAAACAGAACUCAAACCAUCAUGCCGCUACUAGCAGAAACACAUCGAAUUCUGGAAGGAGUAAUGUUGCCUCUCCAAAUGUGGGAGCGGGGGGUCCAGUGGCCAACUUUCAGUGGGGCCCUUUCUCUAGAGCUGGUGGUGCUUCAACUGCUGCUCAAGCUGCUAGUGUGGUCCAGCAGGCAUAUGAAAAGGUGAAGAGAGAGCGCGAGGAAGCACAGGCAGCUACAAAAAGAGAGGAGGCCCUGAAGCGAAAGAAUCAUGCCUCAAAGAAGAUGUCUAGUUCAUCUUCUAUUGUAUAUUCUAGUUCUGCAAAGAGAAGAAAAGGCAUGGAAGAUGUUGGCCAUGUCAAAAAUGGAAGUCUGCUUACAAACCAGAUGGGUGUAGGAUUUGGAGGAGCUGGCACCACUAAUAUAUCUGGGUUUAGGCAGGGAAGUUCUGACAGCAGGGUGAAUGGAAUCACUAAGCCUUAUGGCACGAGGGAUGUUUCUCAGUCUGAAAUUCAAACCUUACUAAUCGAGAAGGCCAAGACAGAGAUUCAAAAGCAAAUAAAUGAAUGGAAGUCAGCUACAGUAUUUAAAUCUGCAGCGAAAGAUGGGGAGGGUAAUGAGAAGGGAAUUGAUCAGGGGAAAAAUUCUUUGUCAAACUCUGACAUACCUGACAGAAACAAGUCUGGUGAGUCAGUCAAUAUGGAAAAUGGAGUCAAUCGCAUCAAAAACUCUUCCAUUGCUUCUGGUGGGAAGACAGAUGCUGAAACUUUGGAGACAUUGUCAAUAAAUGUCCCAGAUCCUGAUUUUCACGAUUUUGACAAAGAUAGAACUGAAAGAUGUUUUGGGGAAAACCAGGUAUGGGCUGCUUAUGAUGCUGAUGAUGGGAUGCCGCGAUAUUAUGCUAUGAUACACAACGUAAUUUCUUUGAAUCCAUUCAAAAUGCGGAUCAGUUGGCUUAAUUCAAAAACUAAUAGUGAGCUGGGUCCACUAAAUUGGGUUGGUUCUGGCUUCUCAAAAACUUGUGGUGACUUCAGAGUGGGCAGAUAUGAGAUUUAUAAAUCACUCAAUUCCUUUUCACACAAGGUUAGGUGGACAAAAGGAACACGUGGGGUAAUUCAUAUAUAUCCCAGGAAAGGGGAUGUUUGGGCUCUCUACCGGAAUUGGUCCUCUGAGUGGAAUGAGCUGACAGCAGAUGAUGUGAUACACAAGUAUGACAUGGUAGAAAUACUUGAAGACUAUAGUGAAGAACUAGGUGUAACAGUUACUCCCUUGGUAAAAGUUGCUGGUUUCAAGACCGUGUUUCACCAGCAUUUGGACCCAAAGGAAGUCAGGAGGAUCCCAAGGGAAGAGAUGUUUCGAUUUUCCCACCAUGUUCCCUCAUACUUGCUUAUGGGUCAAGAAGGUCCAAAUGCUCCAAAAGGUUGCCGGGAGCUGGACCCAGCGGCUACUCCUUCAGAACUUCUUCAGGUUGUGGUAGAUGUUAAGGAAGAAGAGAUUGUGGAUAAUGGGGGAAAUCAAAGGGAGAGCCAAGGAAAAAAUCUCAUAGGAGAGGGAAAGAGCCAAUCACCUAUAACUUCAUGA